AUGAUGAAAGCAUUGUGUUACUUAGGUCAAAAUAAGGGAAUUCGCUGGCAAUCGGUUCCUAAGCCUAAGGUCAAGCUACCAACAGACGUGGUUGGUAAGAUACUUGCAACCACCAUUUGUGGCACCGACUUGCAUAUUGUCAAAGGACAUGUGCCUGAAUGCACUGAAUGCGCCGAGUCGCAGCCAGGACGGGGAUUGAUCUUAGGUCACGAAGGUAUCAUUGAGAUUGAAGAGAUAGGUUCCAAAGUCUCCAAAUUUAAGAAAGGAGACAUCUGCAUCGUGUCUUGCAUUUCGCCGUGCGGUGAAUGUUACUACUGUAAGAGGAACAUUCAAGCCCAUUGCAGAGAGACUGACACUCACUGUGGAUGGAUUUUAGGCCAUGCUAUUGACGGAACACAGGCAGAGUAUGUUCGUGUCCCAUUUGCUGAUCACGGCUUGUACAAGGUGCCGAGCGGAAUCUCUUACGACGCCUUGAUCAUGCUGAGUGAUAUUCUUCCGACAGCUUAUGAAGUUGGUGUGCUCAACGGUAAAGUUAAGGAAGGCGACAGCGUGGCAAUUGUUGGCCUUGGUCCGAUUGGACUUUCCGCUCUGAUUUCAACUAAGUCAAUGAAUCCAUCCAAGAUCAUUGCAAUCGAUAUGGAUGACUCAAGACUUGAGGUUGCAAAAAGAAUGGGAGCAGACGAAAUAAUCAACCCUUCAAAGACGGACCCCAAGGAAAAGGUCCAUGAGCUGACAGCUUCGGAGUUCAAAACCUCAGGUGUCGAUGUUGCAAUGGAGUGUGUUGGUAUUCCGCAGACUUUUGAGAUGUGCGAAGACCUGAUCGGUCCCGGUGGCCAUAUCUCGAACGUUGGUGUUCAUGGAAGUGCGGUUCAACUGAAACUGCAAGAAUUGUGGGGAAAGAACGUGACCUUAUCCACCGGGUUGGUUUCCGCUUACUCCACCGCCGAUUUGUUGCAGAAAAUCGUUGAUGGUAAGAUACAUCCUGAGUCUCUAGCAACCCACCAUUUCAAACUCGACGAGUUUGAAAAAGCUUAUGAAGUUUUCGCAAACCCAGGAAAAAGCAAGGCAAUUAAGGUCGUUCUGACCUCGGAAUAG